UUCAUUUCCACUUUCUUUGCUCCGAUUAUUUGUUCGAUUCCUGCAUCAAUUGUUAAACUCUAUCAAAAUGCCUGAGGCGAGUACGGCAACGUUUGAAAAGGAUAAUUUCAAUGCAGAAAAAUAUGUGAAAAAUCUCGUCCAGGACUGCGUUGGUGGUCCAGAGCUAUUGCAAACCAAGCAGAAAAUACAAUCGCUCAGCGAGACCGUAUCUUCUACGUUGAAGAAACAUGUCUACGAAAAUUAUAUGCAGUUCAUUGAAACGGCCAAAGAGAUCUCUCAUCUGGAAUCGGAAAUGUAUCAACUUUCGCACAUUCUGAUCGACCAACGUAAUCUUCUAACGACACUGCGGGACGAAUCGUUGCUCGACGAGCAGAAGAACAUCAUCGAGGAACAAAGCCUGGAUCCGAACGUAAACGAGGAGCAGCAGAACCGGAAAGCGAUCCAGCUGAUAAAAGAAUCCCUGAUCGGCUACAAGGGCAAUUUGGAUGACAAGGUUUUCAUCCACGAAGGUGGCCUUAUCGAGCUGGAUUCAAACGAUUACCGACCGAUCUGUCGGAUUCACUUGUUUCUGUUCAACGAAGUACUGGUUCUGGCGAAAGUGAAAAAUGAAAAAAAACUGGAGUUUCAAACCGAGUACGAAACGAAAAACAUCGCUGUGAUCAACAUCAAGGAUCUGGACGGAGUGAACAAGAACGCAAUCAACAUGAUUACGAGCGACGCUGCCCGGAUGUUCCAGUGUAUGAAUCCGACCGCCAAGCAGGAGUGGCUGGAAAAGUGUGAACUAGCGAUUAAAUUCCACCAGGUUAAGAAACCGAAAAAGGCACCCGCCCCGCAGCCUCCGACGAGCCUUAAGUUUGACGCACCGCAGAAAUCUACCGACAGCGAACUGCUCGCGCUCAGCCCAACUGCCUCGGAAAUGGGCCGCGUCAUCGUGGAGAAUUUGCCACCGGAUUGGCUCGUGACGGCACCGGAAGAAAUUCAGGCCGAAAUAGCGCAACGGCACUUCGAGGACAGUCUGGCGCUGUUGCAAAAGUGUGACGAACAUCUCGCCCAAGAUAGUUCCUUCCACGGUGCAGCAGAUGUAAAGGAAAAGGUGAAAUCUCUGAAGGCUUCCCUAGCGUCGGUACUGAUGCACGAGCUGUCGAACUCGCAGAGCCGCAGCCUACAGGCGGCCCUUCGGUCAAGCCGGAGACCGCUGAAGCUUCUGGUGGAGAUGGAAAAAUCGCGCGAAGCUUGCGGUAUUCUGCUGCGCGUUUGCACCAGUGCGAUCCGAACGUCCCAGCGACAGGCUAGGCGCAACAAUUUGGCCGUCUCGGAGCUGUUCUUCUGCGAUGUCGCGCUGGUCGCGAGCGAGUUCCUGCGUGCGUUCAACGCCAAGGCAGCGUGUACGAGCGCCCUGAUCGUGUGGUGCAACAUGGAGCUGCAGUACUUUGCCUCGCAGCUCAUCAAGCACUACCUCACGAAGGACACCCAGCUGGAGAUGGUGGCGAAGGUGGUGGAGGGUGUGCGGGAACCGUGUCUGAAACUGCGCGAGAUCGGUCUCGAUCUGUCCUACCACAUGGAGGGCCUGCUGCGAAGCACUCUCGGGCAGCUGCUCGACGAGGCACGGUACCGUUUGGUGGAUUCAAUCGGGCGAACCGAAGACCCCUGGCAACCGUACAACCUGCAGACGAAAACGGGCCUCCGUACGCUGCUGAAGGAGUUCGAUACCCUCGGGAUCGACUUCCGGGCGUACGUCACCGGAGACACGUGGAUCAAUCUUACCCAGGCGACAGUCAACUUCUGCCGUCAUUUACUUCAAACGACGGAAAGCUGCGCCUUCCUGGCGAAGUACGAUUCCCUCCAACGGGACGCGGAGAUGCUCAUCCGGGAGUUGUUCCUGUCCCAGCAUUCCAUCAAGCCACCAAAUUCUCUAAAUGCCGAUAUGAACUUUGUGGCUAAAAAUAAAUCAUACAUGGCCGAAGUGCUGCUUCCGACGGCGAUGGGACGAUUCGAAAGGAUUGCGGACAAAAAGCCAGAACUUUUAGCCGAGCUGCACGCUCAGCUGAGGACAGCGGCGGCUCCUCCCAAACCCAAACCCCGCAGCGUCUACCAAACCGAUGUCCUCUAAACAUGGGCGCCUUCACAUUGAUCGACGGUAAAGAAUAAUACAUUAAAUACGUUAAAUAAAUGAAACAUACCACACAACUAAC